GCGUGGCCACCGGUAUGGGCGGGGCCUCUCGGGGGCGGGGCGGCGGCGGCGGCGGCGCCGGUGCCGGGAGCGCAGCGAUGGCGGCGGCGGAGCUGGAGCGGCUGCGGAUGGCGGGGGCCGGCAUGGCCAUCGCCGUGCUCACCAGCGGCGGCGACGCGCAAGGCAUGAAUGCCGCCGUCCGCGCCGUCACCCGCAUGGGCAUCUACGUGGGAGCCAAGGUCUUCCUCAUCUACGAGGGCUACGAGGGGCUGGUGGAAGGCGGUGACAACAUCAAGCAAGCCACCUGGCUCAGCGUCUCCAACAUCAUCCAGCUGGGCGGCACGGUCAUCGGCAGCGCCCGCUGCAAAGCCUUCACCACCCGGGAGGGCCGGCUGCGUGCCGCCCACAACCUGGUGGAGCACGGCAUCACCAACCUCUGCGUCAUCGGCGGCGACGGCAGCCUGACGGGGGCCGAUAUUUUCCGCGCCGAGUGGGGCGGGCUGCUGGACGAGCUGCUGCGGGACGGGCAGAUCAGCGAGGAGGUGGCGAAGGCGAACGGGCGGCUGAACAUCGUGGGGCUGGUGGGCUCCAUCGACAACGACUUCUGCGGCACCGACAUGACCAUCGGCACCGACUCGGCGCUGCACCGCAUCAUGGAGGUGAUCGACGCCAUCACCACCACGGCGCAGAGCCACCAGCGGACGUUCGUGCUGGAGGUGAUGGGCCGGCACUGCGGGUACCUGGCGCUGGUGUCCGGGCUGGCCUCGGGGGCCGACUGGCUCUUCAUCCCCGAAUCCCCUCCGGAGGACGGCUGGGAGGACAUGAUGUGCGAGAGGCUCGGGGAGACGCGCAGCCGAGGGUCGCGGCUCAACAUCAUCAUCAUCGCCGAGGGCGCCAUCGACCGCAACGGCAAGCCCAUCACCUCCAACUACGUGAAGGACCUGGUGGUGCAGCGCCUGGGCUUCGACACUCGGGUCACCGUCCUGGGCCACGUGCAGCGCGGGGGGACGCCCUCAGCCUUCGACCGUGUGCUGAGCAGCAAGAUGGGGAUGGAGGCGGUGAUGGCGCUGCUGGAGGCCACCCCGGACACCCCCGCCUGCGUGGUGAGCCUGUCGGGGAACCAGUCGGUGCGGCUGCCCCUGAUGGAGUGCGUCCAGGUGACGAAGGACGUGCAGAAGGCCAUGGACGAGAAGAGGUUUGAUGAGGCGAUCCAGCUCCGUGGGAGGAGCUUUGAGAACAACUGGAACAUCUACAAGAUGCUGGCACACCAGAAGCCAGCGCAGGAGAAGAGCCCCUUCAGCUUGGCCAUCCUGAACGUGGGUGCCCCCGCCGCCGGCAUGAACGCGGCCGUCCGCUCGGCCGUGCGCAUCAGCAUCUGCCAGGGCCACACCGUCUACGCGGUGAACGACGGCUUCGAAGGCUUGGCCAAGGGACAGAUCCGCGAGGUGGGCUGGCACGACGUGGCGGGCUGGCUGGGGCGCGGCGGCUCCAUGCUGGGCACCAAGCGCACUCUGCCCAAGACCUGCAUGGAAAAGAUCGUGGAGAACGUGCGGAAAUUCAACAUCCAGGCUCUGCUGGUCAUCGGGGGGUUCGAGGCGUACGAGGGGGUGCUGCAGCUGGUGGAAGCCCGCGGGCAGUACGAGGAGCUGUGCAUCAUCAUGUGCGUCAUCCCCGCCACCAUCAGCAACAACGUGCCCGGCACCGACUUCAGCCUGGGCUCGGACACGGCCGUCAACGCAGCCAUGGAGAGCUGCGACCGCAUCAAGCAGUCGGCGUCGGGCACCAAGCGCCGCGUCUUCAUCGUGGAGACCAUGGGUGGCUACUGCGGGUACCUGUCCACCGUCACCGGCAUCGCCGUGGGCGCCGACGCCGCCUACGUGUACGAAGACCCCUUCACCAUCCACGACCUGAAGGCCAACGUGGAGCACUUGACUGACAAAAUGAAGACGGACAUCCAGAGAGGGCUGGUGCUGCGCAAUGAGAAGUGUCACGAGCACUACACCACCGAGUUCCUCUACAACCUCUACUCCUCCGAGGGCAAAGGGAUCUUUGACUGCAGGAUCAACGUCCUGGGCCACCUCCAGCAGGGGGGGGCCCCGACCCCCUUUGACCGCAACUACGGGACCAAGCUGGGGGUGAAGGCCGUGCUGUGGAUGUCGGAGAAGCUGCAGGAGGUCUACCGCAAGGGGCGCGUGUUUGCCAACUCGGCCGACUCCGCCUGCGUGAUCGGGCUGAGGAAGAAGGUGGUGGCCUUCAGCCCCGUGACGGAGCUCAAGAAGGUCACGGAUUUUGAGCACCGGCUGCCCCAGGAGCAGUGGUGGCUGAACCUGCGGCUGAUGCUGAAGAUGCUGGCCAACUACCAGAUCAGCCUGACCGAGUACAUCUCGGGGAAGAUGGAGCACGUCACCCGGCGCACGCUCAGCAUCGAGAAGGGCUUCUAGGGGCUGUCCCCGAGCGCAACCUCCCCAAACCCUGCCUGAAAUCACUGGUCCAAGGGCUGGGCCCUGCGCAGAGCGGGGGCAAGGAGGCUUCCUGGAGCCCGGCCGCGCAGCCCAGCCCCGUAAUCAUCCUCUUCUAGUUUAUUGCUGUUAUUUAAUGAUGGGGUUAUCCUGAUUCCUUCUUCCGUGGCUUGACCGCCCCAACCAAGUGCUGCUUUUAGCUGAGCGCGCUCGGCGCAGGAGGGGAGCGGAGGAGCAGGCGCCGCUGUGCCGGAGCAGGCAGGGGAUGGCCCUGGGGGCUUCCUCUGCCCAGUGAAGCCCCUGGCCCCAUCCCCCCUGAGUCGUUUCGACGCAGAGGUCUCAGCAAGCCCCUGUCCCCGGCCACCUUGCAUGAUGCUUGGCUGUGACCACCACCACCGCGUGGCCCUGGGGCUAUUGCCCGUCAUCUCACCGCCACUCCGUGACCCCGCCGCACCUCGUGCCACCGCGGCGUCGCUCGCAUCUAGAGAUAAAACCUGCUGGAGCCAAA